AUGAGUCAUGCAAAUGCUUAUAUUUGGUAUUAUUUAGAUGGUGAUGCUUGGAAACCUUAUGAUUCAUCAUUAUUAGAUGGAUUUGAAAAGUCAUUCAAUUCAUCAUUGGCAACAAUUGGAAAUAAAAAAAUUAAAGUUGACAAUGAAAGAUAUAUUGAAAUUAUGCCAAUUGCUGAUAUUCUUUCAAAUUUUACAAAUUCAAUCAAUGAUCCAGAUUUAGUUGGUAUUCAAAGAAGAUUUGAUGAUGCUAUGAAGCGUCGUGCAGUUAAAAGAACUAAAGCAAAUACAACAACAUCAUUUUUUGAUGAUCUUCAAUUUGCAUUUUAUAGUAAUACAAGUCAAAAGACUAAAACAAAUGAAAUUAAAGGUAUAAUUAAGAUUUGUGGUGGUAAAUCAGUUGAUACAAUGACAAAGAAAACUGAUUAUCUCAUCUUGAAACCAUCUGAUCUAAAAGAUGAUUAUAAAACAUUUAAUGAUAUCAUUUCAAAAGCAGAAGGUUUAAAAAUUAUUUGUGUUGAAUCAACUUGGAUUGAUUCUUGUAUUAAAUCUAAAAAAUUAGUUGAUCAUACUGCUUUCUUAGUUGGUCAAAAAACUGCACCAGUUGUUGCAAUACCAACAAAUACUACUACAGCUACUACAGCUACUACUACUACUACAAAUACAGGUACAGCUACAGCAACAUCACCAAAAUCAAAAUCAAAAAAUAAUUCAACAAGUACAACAAAUAAUUUAGUAAUAAAUUCAGGAUUUUUAAUUAAAGGUAGUGAAUGGGCAGGUGUUUGUUCAAGUGAUGAUGAUCAUUAUCCAUUGGUUAUGACAGUUGAUGAUUUUGUAGGUGAUGGUGAAGAAGUUUCGGGUGUAAUCACUUGGAUUAAUUUAGGUUAUGCAAAAACAAAAUAUAAGGGUAAAGUAGUGGCAACCAAUGGUGAAUUCAAUUUCCAAGAAUAUGAAAUCAUAAGUGGUGAAGAUGAUGUAGAGGUUCCAAACGACUAUAAAUCCACCAUCUAUGGUGACCAAAUCAUAGGAAAAGUUGGUGAUUCAACUUUUAAACUUAAAUUAACAAAAUCCCCACCCGUUACAAAUAUACAACCAGAUUCUCAAUGGAAGGGUACAAGUACCUCAAUUGAAAACUUUAAAUUGGAUGUAGUGAAACGUGAUGGCGAAAAUAUCACAGGUACAAUCACAUGGGGCUCAAAUUAUGAUGAUGCCAUCUCUACCUUUACUGGUAAAAUCACCUCAUCUUGUAUAGAAGUCUCUGAUUAUAAAGAAGGUAAAAAAUUAGGUCCUGAAGAAUUAUCACAUCCAUUUAAAUUAAUUCCAUCUCAACAAUCUGAUCAUUCAAUUAAAUUUAGAAUUGAAAAAUAA